UAAACAAUUCAAAUAUUUUAAAAAAUUACGUUUGAAAGUCGUUGUGAAACGGUAACGAUAUUUUGUGAAUUUUACUAGUAAAUAGAAAUAUAUUUGAAAAGUGUGGCAUUUUAUUAUAAUAACGCGCUUUUUAACACAUUCGACGCAGAUAUAUCUCUUAGCGAACUUCAUCAAUGUUCAAGUAAUUGUGCUAAACAAAAAACCUGGGGAGGGUUAGUGAAGCAGGCACAUUAUUUUGCUAUAAAAUCAUUCAAAAUUCCGAAUUGCAAAAUGGAUGAUUUCCUUAAAAUCGAAAAGAUCGGAGAAGGUACUUACGGAGUGGUGUAUAAAGGGAAAAACAAAAUAACUGGGCAGUUUGUGGCUAUGAAAAAGAUUCGAUUGGAGUCUGAAGAUGAAGGUAUUCCCUCUACUGCGAUCAGAGAAAUUUCUUUAUUGAAGGAACUGAACCACCCAAACAUAGUAAAAUUAGAAGAUGUGCUUAUGGAGGAAAGUCGUCUGUACCUUAUAUUUGAAUUUCUCUCCAUGGACUUGAAGAAAUACAUGGACUCACUUGGUUCUGGGAAAUUCAUGGAUCCCGGUGUGGUGAAGAGCUACAUGUACCAGAUCAACAAUGCUAUUCUAUACUGCCACCAGAGAAGGAUACUCCACCGAGAUCUUAAACCACAAAACCUGCUGAUUGACAAGACUGGAAUUAUUAAGGUGGCUGACUUUGGUCUAGGCCGAGCUUUUGGUGUGCCUGUAAGAGUGUAUACUCAUGAGGUGGUGACCCUGUGGUACAGGGCUCCUGAAGUACUUCUUGGCAGUCAGAGAUAUUCCUGCCCCAUAGACAUGUGGUCAGUUGGCUGCAUCUUCUCAGAGAUGUCUUCAAAGAAACCGCUGUUCCAAGGAGACUCUGAAAUUGACCAACUGUUCCGUAUAUUCCGAAUGUUGCGCACACCCACUGAAGACAUUUGGCCUGGAGUGUCUUCAUUACCAGAUUAUAAACCUACAUUCCCCAACUGGACUACCUUCAACUUACAUAAUCAUGUACAAAAUCUCGACGAGGUGGGCAUGGACCUGCUUCAGAAGAUGCUCGUUUACGACCCGGUAAAGCGCAUUUCAGCGAAGGACACGCGGCGACACCGCUACUUCCGCGACGUGAAGCUGCCGGCCGGCCUCACCGUGCACAACGCCUACAUCCGCUACCAGCCCGAACACUCCACCGACAGCGACUGCAGCGCGCAGAGCGUAUAGUAAACACUCUAGUACUUUACUGGUGGCUAACAACUUGACUAGAUCUGACUGUGAUCAUUUUGACGUGUGCCCGAUUAAACGGCAUUGACUGAUGAAAAGUUCUCCUCAGGGAGUCAACAUGAUAGUCAUUCAGUCAGGACCAACCAACAGCAGGGUAUUUUUUACUUACCUACUGCCACAUUCCAACCUUUGGUCAAGUUAGUUCCAGCCUGUUAUACUUACUGUGUAUCUCUUUAAUUGUCACUAGACAGUGUCUGUUUCAACAUGAACGAAUUCUGUUGUUUAUUAGGAAAAUGGGUUGUUUGAGCUAGAGAUUCUGAUCUCUGAAAACUUUUUAGUGUCAACACUUAUUGUGGAAUCUAUUUAAUAAUUCUAAUUUUCACACGUAAAUUCUGUCAAUUACAUUGUAUUUCAAACAGAAAUAGGAUAUAUUGCACUUUUCAUAAAUAUUUCUGUUAUGAGAGGUUGCUACUAUUGUUUCCUUUUCCACAUAUUCCAUCUUCUCAUCCGUUUCUUAUACCCUUAUUUCUAAUUAUCAAUAAAAUAAUCAACCUCUCCUGCUUAUAAAAGCAAACAUAUACUAUUAAAUCUCAUGAUAAAAUAAGAAACAUGUGGCCUUCAAAUUAUUUUAAUUGUAUCAUAAGAAUGUUUUAAAAAUCGUUUCGGUAAGCGGCGUCGACUAGGAUUAAUAAUUAUUAUACACCUAUAGGCACAAAUAUUGUGAAAAUCUGUUGCGAUCUACGAACUUUCCGUAAUUAGCGGAUUUCCAGUAUCAAAAGAUACAUAAUGUGUCAAAUUUUUAACUAGCUGAUGGUAUAAUAAUGUAUAGAUUGUGUUUAUUGAACCGCGUCUCAUUGAUACUGUGCAACGUGCCUGCCUUUUCUUUACCGAUACGGAUCAUUCAUUUUCGAUUAACGAGUUUGUAUUGUGUAUGUUCUGAACCAUAAUGGUCAUAUUU